AUGGAUCCAGCACUGUUACGAGAACGGGAGGCCUUUAGGAAAAAGGCACUUGCGACCCCAAGUGUUGAGAAAAAAAAGAAAGAUGAAUCACAAUUUAAAGAUGACAGUAAAAAGAAGUCAAAAUCCUCAUCAAGCUCAUCAUCGGUCAAUUCAGCACCAAAACUUGAAGGAUCUAACUAUAAAACUAUGGGUGGCAGUUCAUCCUAUCGUUUUGGAGUACUUGCCCGCAUUGUUAGACACAUGAGAUCAAGACAUCAAGAUGGAGAUGACCAUCCAUUAACGUUAGAUGAAAUCUUAGAUGAAACUAAUCAGUUAGAUGUGGGAAAUAAAAUUAAACAGUGGUUACAAUCAGAAGCUUUACAAAAUAAUCCGAAAAUAGAAUGCACAAUGGAUGGAAAGUAUAUAUUUAAGCCUGUAUAUAAAAUUAAGGAUAAAAAAUCAUUACUAAGAUUACUAAAGCAACAUGAUUUGAAAGGCCUUGGAGGUAUAUUUCUUGAAGAUGUCCAAGAAUCUUUACCACAUUGUGAGAGAGCUUUGAAAAAUUUAGCUCAGGAAAUAUUAUACAUAACUCGACCUACAGAUAAAAAGAAAAUUUUGUUUUAUAAUGACAAAACUGCCACAUUGGAUGUUGAUGAAGAAUUUGUAAAAUUAUGGCGUGCAACUGCUGUUGAUGCUAUGGAUGAUGCUAAAAUAGAAGAGUAUUUAGAGAAACAAGGUAUUAAAUCUAUGCAAGACCAUGGACCAAGAAAACCUGUUGUGCCUAAAAGAAAGAAAGUUACUCAGAAAAGAAGACAAUUUAAGAAACCCAGAGACAAUGAACAUUUGGCAGAUGUACUUGAAACAUAUGAAGAUAAUACAUUGACACAGAAAGGAGUUACUAUUAAG